AUGCUCCUGUGGUGGAUUGCUCGAGGUAUUGCAUAUCUGUCAAGGAGGGACAAGGAGCACCUUGCCGCGGACGUCUCGAAGGACGGGUCGGUAAGUAUGGGCGUGAGGCACGAGGGCUUGUCCGGCGAAGGAGGAGGGCAGCGCACUGUAGAAGAGCUUUGA